GGCCCCUUCCCCUCCAUCCGCCUGCCCGCCCGCCUUCUUUCCCCCCUCAGAGGCGAUGCUGGGUGGCGAGGAGAGUGGCGAGGCCGCGGCCGGAGGGGGCGCCGCGGCCUCUGCCGCGGCGGACGCCGAGGCGCCGGCCCCCGCCGCCCCCGCCCGCGACGGUGAGGUAGAAAAGGCCGAGGAAGAGGAGGAGGCGGAAGAGGAAGCUGCGGCGGAGGCGGAGCGAGCCACCCGGCAGCGCUACGAGGAGCUGUGCAGCAGCCUGAACAUGGACGAGCGCGCCCGAGCCGAGGCCUGGCUCAGCUACCAGAGCAUGAGGAGGAACUACACCUUGGAGGGAAAUGACCUGCAUUGGCUAGCAUGUUCGUUAUACGUGGCUUGCAGAAAAGCUGUCCCAACAGUUAGCCGAGGAACUGUUGAAGGAAACUAUGUAUCUUUAAUAAGAAUAUUACGCUGUUCGGGACAAAGUUUGAUAGAGUUUUUUAACAAGAUGAAGAAAUGGGAAGAUAUGGCAGAUCUACCCUCCCAGUUCAGAGAACGUACCACAAGAUUAGAAAGAAACUUUACAGUUUCUGCUGUAAUUUUUAAGAAGUAUGAACCCAUUUUUCAGGACAUUUUCAAGUACCCUCAAGAUGACCAACCACGACAGCAGAGAGGAAGAAAGCAAAGGAGACAACCUUGCACGGUCUCUGAAGUUUUUCAGUUUUGCUGGGUCCUCUUUGUUUAUGCAAAAGGCAAUUUCCCUAUGAUCAGCGAUGAUCUGGUAAAUUCAUACCAUCUCUUACUAUGCGUCCUUGAUCUAGUCUAUGGGAAUUCUUUGCAGUGCCCUAAUCGUAAGGAGAUUCUGAAUCCAUGUUUUAAGGGGCUGCCUGAAGAUUUUCAUAGUAAGGAUUUUAAGCUCUUGUCUGAAGCUCCUUGUAUCAUUGAAAAACUGUGCUCCUUGCAUGACGGUUUGGUUUUGGAAGCCAAGGGCAUAAAAGAACAUUUCUGGAAGCCAUAUGUGAAAAAACUUUUUGAGAAAAAGAUUCUAAAGGGAAAAGAGGAGAACCUGACAGGUUUUUUGGAUCCUGGAAACUUUGCAGAAAGCCUUAAAGCUAUCAACAAAGCCUACGAGGAAUACAUAUUGUCGGUUGGAAAUCUAGAUGAGAGGAUAUUUCUUGGAGAAGAUGCAGAUGAGGAAAUAGGAACCCUGCGAAGAUGUUUAAGCACGGCUUCAGAGAUGGAAACAGCUGAAAGGGUGCAAAUGAAAUACAAUCUGCAGGAGCAUUUUGAACGAAAAAAAUCUUUCAGAAUAUCUACACCUCUUACUGGCCGGAAAUACAUAAAGGAUAGUGAUGCUUACCUGAGCCCCAUUUCUAUAGCAACACACUGCUUGACACGGCUUCACACAAUGUUGGCAGGCCUGAAGAAUGCCCCUAGUGAGAACCUGGAGCAAAUUCUCAGGGCGUGUUCAAGGGAUCCUUCUCUGUCAAUUGCCAAUAGAGUGAAAGAAAUGUAUGAAAUUUACUCGCAAAGGGCACCGUUUUGUGGAGAAUCUGGGAGUUUCUCCAAAGAGCUUGUUGGGAAACACUUCCGUCUUGCCGAGGUCCUUUAUUAUAAGGUUUUAGAAUCUGUCGUAAAACAAGAAAAGAAAAGACUAGAAGAUGCUGACUUAUCUGCAAUCCUGGAGCAUGAUGUCUUUCACAAGUCUCUCAUGGCCUGCUGCCUUGAAAUAAUUACUUACUCUUACAAGGCAGCUGACAGUUUCCCAUUCAUCGCUGAAGUCUUUGAUGUUCCUGCCUUCCACUUUUAUAAGGUUAUAGAGAUCCUGAUUAGAGCAGAAGAUGGCCUUUGCAGAGAGGUGGUGAAGCAUCUCAAUCACAUUGAAGAACAGAUUUUAGAGAGUCUGGCAUGGAAAAUGGAAUCUCCACUCUGGGACAAAAUAAAAGAAAAUGAGAAUAAAGUUCCUACCUGUGAAGAGGUAAUGCCACCUCAGUAUUUUGAAAGAUCAAAUGGGAACAGCGUGGCUGGUUCCCCUUUAACUCCAAGGAGAUUAAAUGAAGUUCGUGCUGAAGCUGGAACCCAGGGAAAGGGCAUUUCAUUUUCUCCAGCCACCCUUUAUGAACGUUACAGCUCUCCAACCAGCAACCCUACCAGAAGAAGGUUGUUUGUGGAUAAUGACACCCCAGCUGAGGCCACGCGAACUCCUGUCAGAGUCUCUCAGCAGCCUGUGAUCAGUACAGUCCCUGUGCAGAACGUCUCCUCCGAAACCAUUCCUGUCACUCCAGUGCCUGGGCAGACUUUAGUGACGGUGGCAACCGCAACGGUUACUGCAAAUAAUGGGCAGACAGUUACCAUACCAGUACAAGGCAUUGCCAAUGAAAAUGGUGGCAUAACAUUCAUUCCAGUCCAGGUCAAUGUUGGUGGGCAGGCUCAAUCCCUGCCCAGUUCCAUUCCACCUCUCAGUGCUCAGACCCUCGCUGGGACACUGAGUUCUCAACAGAUAGCUGGCACAACCCUUCAGUUACAAGGCCAGUUCCAGCAGAUUGCCCAUCCUGGAGAACGACGGCAAAAACAGCAAAUCAGUAGUGGUGGCAGCAGAUCCCGGAAGACUGGCUCUCUCUCUCUUUUCUUUAGAAAGGUAUUCUAUUUAGCAAGUGUUCGUCUGCGGGAUCUCUGUAUCAGACUGGAUAUCUCAGAUGAGCUGAGGAAGAAAAUCUGGACCUGUUUUGAGUUUUCACUGGUACAGUGCUCAGAGCUCAUGAUGGACCGACAUUUAGAUCAGCUGUUAAUGUGUGCUGUUUAUGUAAUAGCAAAGGUUACAAAGGAAGACACAUCAUUUCAGAACAUCAUGCGCUGCUAUCGAAUGCAGCCACAGGCUAAAAGCCAUGUGUACCGUAGUGUAUUGAUUAAAGGCAGAAGACGAAGGCAUUCUGGCACCAGUGACACAAACAAUCAACAGAAUUCCCCAGGGGAGAAAAAUAAGGAUAGAACAAGCAGAGAUUCCAGCCCAGUGAUGCGGUCAAGCAGCACCCUUCCGGUCCCACAGCCCAGCAGUGCUCCCCCAACUCCAACGCGGCUGACCGGAGCCAACAGUGAUACUGAGGAAGAGGAGCGCGGAGAUCUGAUUCAGUUUUACAAUAAUGUCUACACAGACCGGAUUAAAGACUUUGCCCUGAAGUACUCCUCAGCCAACGGAACUGAAGUUCCUCCCUUGUCUCCAUACCCGUUUGUGAGAAGUGGCUCUCCACGCAGAAUACAGCUGUCUCAAAACCACCCAAUAUACAUUUCCCCUCACAAAAGUGAGGGUGCACUCUCUCGGCGUGAGAAAAUAUUCUACUAUUUCAGCAGCAGUCCAUCAAAGAGACUUCAGGAGAUUAACAGCAUGAUUAGAACUGGUGAGACCUCAACAAAGAAGAGGGGCAUAAUCUUGGAGGAGGGGGCGGAAUCACCAGCCAAGCGCAUGUGCCCAGAAAACCACACGGCCCUCCUGAGAAGGUUGCAAGAUGUGGCAAAUGACAGGGGUUCUCACUGAUUUCAGAGACUAACCAAGAUUUUUUUUACUGCUCUUGGGCUAUCUUAAUAUUUGACCAGCAGUGAUAGAAACUGUGACUUUCACAUCUUUAAGGCACUUUCGGGGGAGAAAUGAAGUAUUUUUUUAAUCUUCUCCAAGAGUGUGGUGGUACUCCUGACAUCCAAAGAAGAGUCUUUGGUUGAUACCAUUGACAACUUCUGCUAAAAGAGAAUCUGAACUGGUUGAGAAGAAGUUAUUUCCUCCAUCAUGCUGCAGCAGCAGGCCACGCCAGUCUUGUCUCGAUAUAUCCCGAGAAGCGUUGACGGAUGCAAUUUACAUCGGUUUUAAUUUAUUGGGUAGAAGGGAUUGAUUUUAGCUGAGUAGGAACUGGAAGACUAGUAUUUUUACAUUAGCCCAUUAACUUUUUUUGGGCUAUUUGAUAUCCUAUGGUGUCAUGUUUAGAAUCUGCAGCAUUUUAAAAACACAUUUGGAAAUGAGGCAGUCAGCAAUGAUGGAAUCAGUGCUGUGACUAAUUAUUUGACCCAGUUUGGAUCUGCUGUGAACCUCCUUUUAAAUUAGGAGUGAAGAUUCCAGCAUGCUUGUCAGGCAGUAGUUAAAGCUCACUGGAGACAGACCAGAAAUUGAAAUGGGGGUGUGGGGGGAGGAAUUAAGCCCUCUCUUUCCUUUCCUUAACUUUCCUUUUCUUCUAUGCCCUUCAGGUAAUAUGGGGACAUUAUGUAUAUAUACUACUCUUUCAAUGUAUUUUAGCUGUGCAAUGUUUCAAGUAAGCUCCUAUCAGCAGGUAGCACUUCACUAGCUCUAAAACUUUUUGAAAUGCAAAUUAGAGUUUUGCUACCUUGGCAAUGGCACUUUUGAGAAAUAUAUAUAUUUUAAAUAGCAAACCCUAAGAUGAAAGCUGUGUUAAAUUGCUUGAUCUGUAUUUAUUCUGGAAGUGCGUAGAAGUAAUGCUGAACUGUCAUGUAUGAAUAUUUAAGAUAAUGACUCUUAGCCUUC